CAAACAUCAGCACUUGCGGACCAGCAUCCCAGUUGAUAACACCUAGCUCGAUCCCAGAGUUACUACCAGAGAUUAGCCAAAACCAAAUCCAGUGUCAAGCAGUAUGUCGCAGUUCAGUACCGUUGCCGCACUCCUACUCCUCGGCCUGGUCGUCAUCCUUGGCGGCCACGGUGGCCAGGCGGCCGUUGCCAAGGUCAAACUGAACAAUCCAUCGCAUCCCGGCAAGUGUGUGCUGGACACGCACACGAUCCUGUCGCCCGGGGAGACGGGUCGGGCGCCGAAUCUGCCAUGUGUGCGGGCCGAAUGCCAUGCGGAUGGCUUGGUGACCUUCAAAACCUGCGAUGCAGUCGCUCCGCCGCCGGGCUGCAAGCAGCGCGACUUUGUGAACAUCAAUCGCGAAUUUCCCGCGUGCUGCGAGCGGAAAUACAAUUGCGACAAGCACAUCUAAAGUCAUUAUUAAUUGCCAUAAUCCUUAAAUUGCUCAACUAACUAGGAGGCAAUGGGCAAUGGAUUUGCUUUCAGCUUAUUAUUUCGUUCUUUUUUUUUUGUUUGUUUUAUUUAUUGUGUAUACUACAACAU